CCCGUAAAGCUGCUGCUGACUAAAGGGGGCGCCACAAGAACAAAAUUGGAGAACAAUAGCUCUGACUACUAUAGCAGCAAGUAUCAGUUGACGCCAUUGACGAUUGAUGAAUUUAAGCCAUCAAAGAAAUCUGCUUGUCUUCAGAGAAAAUGUCUCCUCAUUAUCUUACUUGUGGUGGCUGCUGUAGCUGUUGCCCUAGCAAUUGGCCUUGGAGUCCAUUUUGGGAGAAAUCAAAGUGGUGAGGUUGGGGGCUUGGAGGGACGGAACUCAACUAGAACAACAGAGAAGGUUGUUACUAUCCCAUCAUCCACAACUGUUACAACAGAGGAGGUUGUUACUAUCCCAUCAUCUACAACUG